AUGAAGUCGCCAAAAGGCAGUUUUUGGAGGGACUUGUUUGUAGGGUUUGUGGUGGUGGUUGUCCUGUGGCGGACGGCGUACGGCGCAGAGAAGAAAACGACGGCGGUGGUGAAUGUGGGGGUGGUUCUUGAUUUAAGCAGUUGGGCUGGGAAGAUGAGUUUGAGUUGUAUCAAUAUGGCGCUCUCCGACUUCAAUGCUUCUCAUCCGCAACUCAACGCCACGAUCGUUCUUCACGUCGUGGACUCUGAGGAUGAUCUUGUUCUCACCGCCAAUCGAGCGUCGGAGCUAAUACAGAAGAGUGAAGUAGAAGCCAUAAUAGGGCCAGAAAGUUCAUUCCAGGCUCGCCACAUCAUCCAACUGGCUGAGAAAUCCGAGGUCCCAAUAAUUUGGAAAGUCCACUCUUCUGAGCGUCAAAUUAGAGAAAAGAUUGAGAUAUUGAGUUUGAAUCAGGCCACAGUUUUCGUUGUCCACAUGGUUCCUAGCUUGGCAUCUCGAGUCUUCGCCAUGGCCGAUGAACUUGGGCUGAUGAGCAAAGGCUAUGCUUGGAUUAUUACUGAAGCCACGGCAAAUGGCUUAAAUUCGUUGCCCAUUUCAAGUCUCAGCUCGAUGCAGGGGGUUUUGGGAGUAAAGAAUUAUGUGCCGAGGCCUCAUACCAAUGAUUGGGAUCCUGGAUUUAAGGAGAAUGGUACAUUAAAGCCUAUUAUUUGGCCUGGAUAUUCCGUUCAACCUCCCAAGGGAUGGGUUCCGUUUAAUCCAAGGAAGAUACUGAAGAUCGCAGUUCCAUUGAAUAAUGAUUUUAAGCCUUCCGUCCUCAAGGUCCCCAACAUCCUCGGAUACUGUUUAGAUAUAUUCACGGCGGCUGUUAAUGAGCUUCCUUAUCUUCUUCCACAUGAAUUUGUUUGGUACGGACCUUCAUCGUACGACAACUUGAUUAUGGAAGUGUCCAAAGGGACAUAUGAUGGUGCGGUUGGAGACAUAACAAUAUUAGCGAGCAGAACUGCGUUUGUGGACUUUACUUCGCCAUUUACGGAACCUGGAAUCGCAGUGGUGGUUCGUGCAAGACAUGACUCGCUGAACCAUGCAUGGCUGUUCUUGAAGCCCUUGACUUGGGAUCUUUGGGUCACAAGCUUCUGCUUCUUCGUCUUCAUGGGCUUUGUCGUUUGGAUUCUCGAACAUAAAAACAGUGAAGAUUUUCGUUCCGGUUCGCUGUGUCAACAAAUCGGCACGAGUCUUUGGUUCUCCUUCAGCACCAUGGUCUUCGCACAAAGGGAGAAAUUGACCAGCAAUCUAGCAAGGUUCGUGAUAGCGAUAUGGUUCUUCGUGGUGUUCGUCCUAACUCAAAGCUACACAGCGAGCUUAACGUCGUGGCUAACGGUGCAGCAACUCCAACAACCGGUCACCGACAUGAGUCAGAUACUAAGAAACAACUUGAGUAUUGGAUAUCAAGAGGGGUCAUAUGUUUACGAUACGUUGAAGUUCUUAGGGAUAAAAAAUUUGGUGCCUUAUGCGUCAACUGCUGAACUUCAUGAUCUCUUCUUUAAAGGAGGCCGCAAUGGCGGCAUUGAUGCUGUCAUUGACGAGAUCCCUUACAUGAAGCUCCUUGUUGCAAGAUAUCCGAGUAUCUAUUUCAUUGGCAGUUCCCAAUACAAUAGCGCUGGUUUUGGAUUUGCGUUCACAAAAGGUUCAUCUUUGGUUGAUGAUAUGUCGGAGGCUGUGUUGAAAGUGGUUCAGGGUAAGAAAAUAAACGAAAUAAACGAGAAGUGGUUUGGGAAGAGCCUCAGCUUCCAAUUUGGCAGCGGCGGCGACGGCGACGGCGACGGCUCGGAGGCGUCUUCUUCCAGCCUUGACCUCAGUUAUUUUAGCAGCUUAUUUCUCAUCACUGCUUCUGUAUCCAUCUUCGCUCUCACCUUUUAUUUCUUCCGUUAUUUCAUUCGCAACCAAACAUUCAAACUCUAUCUCAAUAACUCUUACUCAGCCACCCUAUGGAGAAGAAUUAGAGCCUCCGCCACUUCCCUUAUUUUCAUAAUGAAAGACGACGACGGUCGGGAGGCUCGGGUCGGUGUAGAACCACCGGUGGCAGCAGAACCAGUGGCGGAGGCAUCUUUGAGAACCGACAUCCAGCUGCCGAGUCGACCAAGGGUUUGA